AUGACAAACCAAACGCCUACCUGGAAGAAGACCACGCGGCAUUUAAUCGAUGAUACAGUUUUCUUACUGCUAAUAACAUUUUAUUAUUUCUCUCUUGUAGUUAUAAAAAAAAAUAUUUUCAGAAAUCCAGUCAUAACUAUUUUUCGGUUAAUUCUAGAAGGUACUAGAAAAUAUUCAAAUU